AUGGCGGAAUCACUGCAAUCCAUCGUUUCUCUUUCCGAAUUGGUUUCUACUUCAUCCACUAACCAACGACUUCGAAUUUUCCAGCGCGAAGUCCCCGCGUUCUUGAAUUCUUCCAUUUCAGAUGAUGUGUCUCCGGAGUUUGCUUCGUUGUUGACUGAUAUAGUAUUUCGAACUGUUGCGAUUUACGAAGAUCGGGGAUCGAGGAAAGCGGUUGAUGAUGUGAUUGUUAAGGCGUUGAGUGGAACGGUUUUUAUGAAGACUUUUGCGGCUGCGCUAGUUCAGAUUUCGAAGAAUGCUUUGUGUAGAGUGGCUGCAGGGCAAGGUUCUUUGCUUAAUAUUGUUUGGCGGAGGUGUUUUCGUGAAAGAAGGGCGUGCAAGAAAAAGAUUUUUCAUUUAUUUUCUAAGUCACCGGAUAUUUAUAAAGUCUAUGUACAAGAAGUGAAAAAUGGCCUAAUUCCUUAUAAGGAUAGUCCGGAAUUAUUGUUGUUGUUGUUGGAGUUCUCAACUAGAUCACCGUCUUUAUUUGGAGAACUCAAGCCAACAUUUCUUGAUAUUUAUGUUAAUGCAAUAUUGAGUGCAAAAGAAAAGCCUGGAAAGAAUCUCACUGAAGCAUUUCAUCCACUGUAUUUGCAAAUAUCACAUGAAGAUUUUGGAGUUAUUGUUUUGCCGGCUGCGCUUAAAAUGCUUAAGCGCAACCCGGAGAUUGUGUUGGAGUCUGUUGGAAUUCUUUUGAAGUCGGUUAACCUUGAUUUGAGUAAAUAUGCUGCGGAAAUUCUUUCAGUAGUACUAGUGCAGGCUCGACAUGCCGAUGAAGAAAGAAGGGAUGUGGCAUUAGCUAUAGUCAGGAGUUUGAGCCAAAAAUCAAGCAAUCCAGAUGCACUGGACACAAUGUUCAAUGCUAUCAAAUCUGUUAUUAAAGGUUCAGAAGGAAGACUUGCUUUUCCAUACCAGAGAGUUGGAAUGGUGAAUGCGAUUCAAGAAUUAUCUAAUGCACCUGAUGGGAAAUAUCUCAUAGUUUUGUCUCAAACAAUAUGUGAUUUUCUUUUAUCAUGCUACAAGGAUGAUGGAAACGAAGAGGUUAAAAUGGCGACUUUGUCAGCUAUCGCUUCUUGGGCGGUUAAAUCUUCAAAUAUUAUUCAAGAGAGUUUAGUUUCCUUUUUUGCAUCUGGUCUCAAAGAGAAGGAAAUUUUAAGAAGGGGUUUCCUGCGCAGUCUACAUGCUUUAUGCAAAAAUGCCGAUGCUGUCUUAAAGAUAUCGUCGUUGCUUGGCCCUCUUGUCCAACUCGUAAAAACUGGCUUUACCAAGGCAGUGCAACGUUUAGAUGGCAUAUAUGCAUUGUUAUUAGUCGGGAAGAUAGCAGCAGUUGAUAUUAAAGCUGAGGAAAUAUUGGUAAAGGAAAAAGUAUGGGCCACUGUAUCACAAAAUGAACCUUCCCUCGUGCCCAUUUCCACGGCAUCAAAGCUAGCAGUUGAAGAUAGCAUUGCAUGUAUUGAUCUUCUUGAAGUGCUUCUUCUUGAACAUUUACAGCGUACAUUAUCCAGUUUCUCAGUCAGAUCGCUGUUACAGUUAAUCAUAUUUUUUAUAUGCCAUCCAAGGUGGGAUAUUCGAAGAAUAGCUUACAAUGUUGCUAAGAGGAUUAUAACUUCUGUUCCACAAUUAUCUGAAGAUCUUUUCUCUGAGUUUUCAAAGUAUCUUUCUUUGAUUGAAGAGAAACUUUCAGCUUUAAGAUUAAGUGACACUGAUAUUUCUUUGGACCCUCAAGUUCCAUUCGUUCCAUCGGUUGAGGUUUUGGUAAAGGCCUUACUGAUUAUGUCAUCUUCAGCCAUGAAAGUUGCUCCAGAUUCAUUUGUCAGAAUAGUCCUUUGUGCACAUCACCCAUGUGUAGUUGGUAGUGCAAAAAGAGAUGUAGUGUGGAAGAGGCUCUCUAAGUGUCUGCAAGCACAUGGCUUUGAUGUAAUUGAUAUUGUUUCUGCCAAUGUGGUAAACUUUGUACAGGUCUUACUGGGACCAAUGGGUUUGAGAAGUGCUAAUCCACUUGAACAAGAAGCAGCAGUAUCAUCACUAUCCAACUUGAUGUCUAUAAUCCCUGGAGAUACCUAUACAGAGUUUGAGAAGCAUUUGCUAAAUCUUCCUGAGCGGUUUUCUCAUGAUACACUUUCAGAGAACGACAUCCAGAUCUUUCAUACACCUGAAGGAAUGCUUUCCGCUGAGCAAGGAAUUUAUGUUGCUGAAUCUGUUGCUUUUAAGAACACAAAACAAGCAAAGGGCCGUUUCCGGAUGUAUGAUGAAGAUGACUCGGAUCAUGCCCAAUCUAACCAUUCAACAAAGAGAGAUCAACCUAGUAGAGAAGCUGCUGGUGCAGGGAAAAAGGAUACUGGGAAGACAACAAAGAAGGCCGACAAAGGGAAGACAGCAAAAGAAGAGGCAAGAGAAUUGCUACUUAAGGAGGAGGCUUCUAUACGUGAUAGAGUUCGUGAAAUACAGAAAAAUCUGUCUUUGAUGCUAAGAACUCUUGGAAAUAUGGCCAUUGCUAACUCAAUUUUUGCACAUAGUAAACUGCCUUCAAUGGUCAAAUUUGUUGAACCUUUACUGCGAUCACCUAUUGUAAGUGACGAGGCCUUUGAAACCCUGGUGAUGUUAUCAAGAUGCACGGCUCCUCCUCUAUGUGAUUGGGCCUUUGACAUUUCUACUGCCUUACGUCUAGUUGUGACUGAUGAAGUUCAUCAUCUGUUGGAUCUUGCUCCAUCAGUUGUUGAAGAGGAAGUUAACCAAAGGCCAUCUGGCCUUUUUGAGCGAAUUAUAGAUGGCUUAUCUACUUCGUGUAAAUCAGGAGCACUUCCAGUUGAUUCUUUUUCUUUUGUAUUCCCUAUAAUGGAGAGAAUUCUUCUGUGCUCAAAGAAAACAAAGUUUCACGAAGCAGUGCUUCGGUUAAUUUACUUACACAUGGAUGCUCAUCUACCUCUUCCCAGGGUUCGAAUGCUGUCGGUUCUUUACCAUGUCCUUGGCGUUGUUCCAGCUUUUCAAGCAUCAAUAGGACCUGCUCUAAAUGAGCUAAGUCUUGGUUUCCAGCCUGACGAAGUUGCUUCAGCACUUUAUGGGGUUUAUGCAAAAGAUGUUCGCGUGAGAAUGGCCUGCUUAAAUGCUGUCAAGUGCAUCCCUGCUGUUUCUAAUCGUUCUCUACCCCAGAAUACUGAGGUUGCAACAAGUAUAUGGAUAGCAUUACAUGAUCCUGAGAAGCCGGUCGCCGAAGUGGCAGAAGACAUAUGGGAUCAUUAUGGGUUUGACUUUGGAACCGACUUUUCGGGAAUUUACAAAGCACUUUCUCAUGUUAACUACAAUGUUCGCUUGGCAGCUGCUGAAGCUCUAGCUGCUGCCUUGGAUGAACAUCCAGAUAUUAUACAAGAGACACUUUCCACUUUAUUUUCGUUGUAUAUCCGUGACACGGGAACUGGAGAUGGCAAUGUUGAUGCUGGUUGGCUGGGCAGGCAAGGUGUAGCUUUAGCACUACAUUCUGCUGCUGAUGUGUUGAGAACAAAAGACCUUCCGGUUGUAAUGACAUUUCUAAUAUCGAGAGCACUGGCUGAUCUAAAUGCUGAUGUUAGAGACAGAAUGAUUAAUUCUGGUAUAUUGAUCAUUGAUAAAAAUGGAAAAGACAAUGUCUCAUUGUUAUUUCCCAUAUUUGAGAACUACUUGAACAAAACGGCACCGGAUGAAGAACAAUAUGACUUGGUUCGUGAGGGUGUGGUUAUCUUCACUGGAGCUCUGGCAAAACACUUGGCAAAGGAUGAUCCCAAGGUUCAUGCUGUUGUGGACAAGUUGUUGGAUGUUUUGAACACUCCUUCAGAAUCUGUUCAACGGGCCGUCUCUGCGUGUCUAUCUCCCUUAAUGCAGUCAAAACAGGAGGAAGGAGCAGCUCUUGUUACUCGAUUGUUGGAUCAGAUGAUGAAAAGUGAGAAAUAUGGAGAACGGCGUGGGGCUGCUUUUGGACUUGCAGGGGUGGUUAAGGGAUUUGGUAUUUCUUGCUUGAAAAAGUAUAAGAUUGCGAUUAUUCUUCAAGAGUGUCUUGCUGAGAGGAACUCCGGAAAAUCUCGUGAAGGAGCCUUACUUGGAUUUGAGUGCCUUUGUGAGACACUUGGAAAACUAUUCGAACCGUACGUGAUCCAGAUGCUACCACUGCUUUUGGUUUCUUUCUCUGAUCAAGUUGCUGCAGUUCGAGAAGCAGCCGAAGGUGCUGCCCGUGCAAUGAUGUCCCAACUUAGUGCUCAAGGGGUGAAGCUUGUCCUUCCAUCUCUCUUGAAGGGUCUUGAAGAUAAAGCUUGGAGAACAAAACAAAGUAGUGUACAAUUACUUGGCGCUAUGGCUUACUGUGCUCCUCAACAGUUGUCUCAGUGCCUCCCUAAGAUUGUACCAAAAUUGACUGAGGUUUUAACUGAUUCCCAUCCUAAAGUCCAGUCAGCUGGGCAAAUGGCCCUUCAACAGGUUGGAAGUGUGAUAAAGAAUCCAGAAAUAUCUGCUCUUGUCCCUACACUACUUAAGGGACUCAGUGAUCCUAAUGAGCAUACAAAAUAUUCUCUUGAUAUUCUUCUCCAAACAACCUUUGUUAAUUCCAUCGAUGCCCCAUCACUUGCAUUGUUGGUACCAAUAGUACACAGAGGACUGAGGGUACGGAGUGCUGACACUAAGAAGAGAGCAUCACAAAUAGUUGGAAACAUGUGUUCCUUGGUUACAGAGCCUAAGGAUAUGAUUCCGUAUAUAGGAUUGUUGCUCCCUGAAGUCAAAAAGGUUCUUGUAGAUCCUAUCCCCGAAGUUCGGUCAGUUGCUGCUAGAGCCAUUGGAUCCCUUAUAGGAGGAAUGGGUGAAGAUAAUUUCCCCGAUCUUGUCCCAUGGUUGUUUGAAACUCUGAAGUCUGAUAAUAGUAAUGUUGAACGCUCCGGAGCAGCUCAAGGCCUGAGUGAGGUCUUAGCUGCACUUGGUAUUGCGUACUUUGAGCAUGUAUUGCCUGACAUUAUUCGAAAUUGCUCCCAUCAAAAAGCAUCUGUUCGAGAUGGAUACUUGACACUGUUUAAGUAUUUGCCGCGGUCAUUAGGAUUCCAGUUCCAAAACUAUCUUCCCCAGGUGCUGCCUUCUAUCUUAGAUGGUCUUGCUGAUGAGAAUGAAUCUGUCCGCGAGGCUGCACUAGGGGCUGGCCAUGUCUUGGUUGAACAUUAUGCAACAUCGUCUCUACCUCUUCUCCUACCAGCUGUUGAGGAUGGCAUAUUUAAUGAUAGUUGGCGUAUUCGACAGAGCUCUGUGGAGCUAUUGGGCGAUCUAUUAUUCAAAGUUGCUGGGACUUCUGGUAAAGCUUUACUUGAGGGGGGAAGUGAUGAUGAAGGUUCUAGUACCGAGGCUCAUGGACGUGCCAUCAUUGAGAUUCUAGGGCGUGAUAAGCGCAAUGAAGUACUUGCUGCAUUGUAUAUGGUUCGAGCAGAUGUUAGUUUGUCAGUACGCCAGGCUGCAUUACAUGUGUGGAAAACUAUUGUGGCAAAUACUCCAAAGACUCUUAGGGAAAUUAUGCCAGUUUUGAUGGAUACUUUAAUUGCAUCCCUUGCAUCAGCAUCAUCUGAAAGACGGCAGGUUGCUGGACGGUCACUUGGUGAGCUCGUCAGAAAGCUUGGUGAACGCGUGCUUCCCUUGAUAAUCCCAAUUUUAUCCCAGGGUUUGAGUGACCCUGACAGCGGCAGAAGACAGGGUGUUUGUGUUGGUCUGAGUGAAGUGAUGGCAAGCGCUGGUAAGAGUCAGUUGAUGACCUUCAUGACUGAUCUCAUCCCCACUAUUCGGACUGCUCUUUGUGAUAGUGAGCCCGCAGUUCGUGAAUCAGCGGGUCUUGCCUUCAGCACUCUGUACAAGAGUGCUGGUCUGCAAGCUAUUGAUGAGAUUGUUCCAACUCUUCUACAUGCAUUGGAGGAUGAUAAAACGUCUGACACUGCACUUGAUGGCCUUAAACAAAUUCUGAGUGUAAGAACAAGUGCAGUCUUGCCUCACAUUCUACCCAAACUGGUUCAUCCUCCAUUGUCGGCCUUCAAUGCACAUGCUCUUGGAGCUUUAGCAGAGGUUGCUGGGCCUGGUCUUGACUCUCAUCUUGGUACUGUGCUUCCUCCUUUGCUAUCAGCAAUGAGUAAUGUUGACCAGGAGGUUCAAACUUCUGCUAAGAAGGCUGCUGAAACAAUAGUCUUGGUUAUUGAUGAAGAAGGUGUUGACCCACUCAUAUCAGAGCUUGUGAAAGGUGUUAGUGAUAGCCAGGCUGCUGUAAGAAGAUCGAGUUCAUAUCUGAUAGGAUACUUUUUCAAAAGUAGCAAGUUAUACCUGGUUGAUGAAGCUCCAAAUAUGAUAUCUACCCUAAUCGUCUUAUUGAGUGAUCCCGAUUCAUCUACUGUUACUGUUGCUUUGGAAGCUUUGUCAAGGGUCAUUAUUUCAGUACCUAAGGAGGUACUCCCUUCGUAUAUAAAACUAGUUCGUGAUGCUGUGUCCUCAUCCCGAGACAAGGAACGAAGGAAGAAGAAGGGAGGACCAAUUCUCAUACCUGGAUUUUGUCUUCCUAAAGCACUCCAGCCCAUAUUGCCAAUUUUUCUCCAAGGUCUCAUAAAUGGGUCUUCCGAAUUGAGAGAGCAGGCAGCAUUGGGACUUGGUGAACUGAUAGAGGUGGCCGGAGAAAAAUCACUCAAGGAGGUUGUCAUCCCAAUAACAGGGCCUCUUAUUCGUAUUAUAGGUGACCGUUUCCCAUGGCAAGUGAAGAGUGCAAUUUUGUCUACUCUGAUUAUCAUGAUUACAAGGGGUGGCAUCUCUUUGAAACCUUUUCUUCCUCAACUGCAAACCACUUUUGUCAAGUGUCUACAGGAUAAUACAAGAACUAUUCGUUCUAGUGCUGCCCUAGCCCUUGGGAUGCUCAGUGGACUCAAUGCCAGGGUUGACCCUUUAAUUAGUGAUUUGCUCUCCGGUCUGCAGGGAUCAGAUGGUGGUGUCCGUGAAGCUAUUUUGAGUGCUUUGAAAGGUGUAUUGAAGCAUGCUGGGAAGAACGUGAGCUCUGCUGUUAUAAGUCGUAUAUACAGUGUUCUGAAAGAUUUAAUUCAUCACGAGGACGAUCGAGUUCGAAUGUAUGCUGCGAGUGUCUUGGGCAUCUUGACGCAGUACCUCGAAGCUGUUCAAAUCACAGAGUUGAUUCAGGAACUGUCAACUCUAGCUAUUUCACCAAAUUGGCCCCCUAGGCAUGGCUCCAUCCUUACAAUCUCUUCCUUGCUCUAUCACAACCCCGCAUCAAUUUUUUCAUCUUCCCUGUUCCCAACUAUUGUCGAUUGCCUUAGAGACACAUUGAAGGAUGAGAAGUUCCCUCUUCGUGAAAGUUCGACCAAGGCAUUCGGAAGGCUUCUUCUUUAUAAAGCUCAAGUAUAUCCUUCUGACACAGCGCUUUACAAAGAUGUUCUUUCAUUGCUAGUUACAUCCACACGUGACGAGUCCAGUGAAGUUAGAAGAAGGGCAUUAUCUGCUAUAAAGGCUGUUGCCAAAGCAAACCCUUCUGCCAUUAUGUCACAUGGGACGGUUAUUGGCCCUGCAUUAGCAGAGUGUUUAAAAGAUGCAAAUACCCCAGUUAGACUUGCUGCAGAACGAUGCGCUCUACAUGCCUUCCAACUAACAAAGGGUUUGGACAAUGUUCAAGCAGUACAGAAGUAUAUCACUGGUUUGGAUGCUAGACGUCUAUCAAAGUUUCCUGAACAUAGUGAUGAUAGUGGAGAGAGUGACGGAGAUAUGUCAACUAGCUAA